AUGUGCUCUACAAGUCUUGAUUUUCUUGCUUCAGAUGAAGUUUAUUCAAAGAUUCUACACACUCUCACUAUGAUCGAAGUUGUAACUCAUUCCCUCGGAGCAUACAUUAUAAUUUCGAAAACGCCGAAAAAAUUGGAGUCCGUGAAGACUUGCAUGUUACUAUUGCACUUUGUCGGAGCAUUUGUCGAUGUCUAUUUUAGUAUUUUAACUAUGCCAGUUUUACACUUACCUGUUUGCGGAGGCCAUCCACUCGGCGUUCUAGCAUUACUUGGAGUUCCAACUUCAUUGCAAACCUAUGUAGGUAUUUCUGCAAUUGGAGGGGUGAUUGCGACGAUCCUAAUAUUCCUCGACGAUCGUCGAUAUCGAUUGAUUCACGGUCACAAGACCAGCACAACUAGAAAAUGGCACAGAUUAUUGUAUGUGACAGCCCAGUACUUUUUGACUGCCGCAUUUCCAGCUCCUAUAUUUCUCAAUCUGCCUGACCAGGAAUACGGAAAACUGAUGUCACGAAAUAUAAAUACGUGCAUUGCAUCUGAUGUUUUCAAUCAUCCUAAUUUUUUUCUACUUGGCCUCACUGGAAAAUACAUUGUGAUUUGCAUUGUGUCCGCGUUGAGCCUUCUCCAUUUUCAAAUACUUCUGCAAAUUGGGCUCAUUUUCCGUCAAUUGCUCAAAAAUAGACCUGUUUCUAGAAAUAAAAAUCGUUUACAAAAUCAGUAUUUUGUAGCAAUGAGCAUUCAACUAGUCAUUCCAAUAGUCAUACUUGCUUUUCCGGUUGUUCACAUAGUGCUCUCAAUAUAUUUAGGUUAUCAUAACCAGGGUGCAAAUAAUCUAGCGUUCAUUAUCAUUUCAUUACACGGAGUAUUAUCAACUAUUACAAUGCUGAUGGUUCACAGACCUUAUAGGAAAUCGAUUUUUGAAAUGUUACACGUGGAAUCGUAUCACACGGCGGAGAGCAGGGAACGACAUAUUUGGAGACUUCAAUCAAGAAGAAGCUUGCAUCAAUUUUGAAUU